CUGCUGCACUUAGUUGACGGCUCCUUAUGAUGCAACGGGAGGGAGUGAAGGAGUGAGAGAAUGAGGGAGGGACAACUGAUAAGAACUUCUGAUCUGCUAAGGAAAUGCAGUAGGAUUCUUCUUCUUGGUGUAGCUUUGCCUGCCCUGUGCACAACAAGACUAUAAUGUUGCCUUGGAAGAAGAACAAGUUUGACCUGAUCGAGGAAGACAAGCAGUCCAAGCACAAGGGCUACGCGGUGAGUCUGAACUACUCCGCGCUCACCACGCUGGCCAAGGCGUGUCCGGAGAGCGCGCUGAACCGGGUCGGCAGCAUGUUCAAAUCCAAGAGGAAAAAGGUGAAGAUCACCAGCGAGGACCCCACGUACACGGUGCUGUAUUUGGGUAACGCUACCACCAUCCAGUCGAAGGGUGAGGGCUGCACGGACGUGGCCGUGAGCAAGAUCUGGAACAAGAGCGAAAUGGGAAAGAGCGGCACGAAGAUGCGGCUGACGGUGAGCUCACACGGAGUGCGCAUGGUGCACGUGGACGAGCAAGCGCGCAGACCUGGACACCUGUACUUGCUGCACCGGAUCACCUACUGCGUUGCUGAUCCACGCCUGCCCAGGAUCUUCGCCUGGAUCUACCGGCACGAGAUGAAGCACAAGGCGGUGAUGCUGCGCUGCCACGCAGUGCUCGUGUCCCGGCCGGAGAAGGCGAAAGCCAUGGCGCUGCUGUUGUACCAGACGUCAGCCACGGCGCUCGCGGAGUUCAAGAGGCUGAAACGGCGCGAUGACGCGCGGCACCAGCAGCAGCAGCUGAUCGGAGAGCAGACCAUCCCACUGGUGCCGCUGCGCAAGCUGCUGAACGGCCAGUGCUGCUACAAGCCUCCAGUGGAGCGCAGCAGGAGCGCGCCCAAACUCGGCUCCAUCACCGAGGACCUGCUCGGCGAAGAAGCUGAAGCAAAAGCCACGCAGUUUGAAUGCGAGGACGUUCUGGACACGGAUGAGGAGCGCGCAGGCACCGAGAAACCCGGGCUGUGCCAGCUCAUUAACGAUUUGGGCGAGAUGGGCAUCGGGAACGACGUGCGGACUCUAAAAGCGGACCUCAGGGUGACCAGGCUGCUGUCUGGAGAGAGCACCAGCAGCGAGUCGUCUCUAGAGAACAAUCACGAUCCUGCGGUCGUGUCCGGCGAUGCCGACGAGCGCAAGACGCCAGAAGUCGGCUGAACUCCGCAGUGACAUGUUUCCGUCCGGUUUUUCCGACUGUUUGGUUGUGGAGAAUGUUCGCCUGUAGUCUUUUGUGCCACUGUUAUCCGUUUCACUUGAAAGAGCGCUCGUGCGCUUAAAAGUUUUGUGACUCCGACUUUGGACUGCAUGAAUAAGCCAUGUUUCCAUCCAAGGGGUCUUAUCUUACAUUACAUCCAAGGUGUUGUUGUUUUUUUGUUUGUUUGUUUUUAAUGGGGUAGAUGGUUUGCAAAGCUUGAGAGAGAGAGAGAGAGAGAGAGAGAGAGAGAGAGAGAGAGAGAGAGAGAGAGAGAGAGAAAAAAUAAAUAUAUCAAAUGAGAUUUUUUUUUGAAAAGGAAGUUUUAUCCAAAUUAUUACUGUGGAAUGAUGCAUUCAAAAAUAUAGCAAAUAAACAAAAUAUAGAGUAAAAUAAUUGGCUUAUUCUUUAUAUUUGAUUAAGAAUUAUGCAGCAAAAACAACAACAGCAACGUAAAUAUGAAUGGAAAUACUCGUGAUGAAACCCUUGAUUAAUUGUGCAAGUUUUCCCCCGGUCUGAAGUUUGAAACCUUGAAGGUCAACAUGAAAAGGAAGGCUGAUGUCUGCUAUGUCUAGCCACUGAAACUAAAUAAAGUGUGUGGUUUCCUGA